AUGCUGCUCUUCUGCCCGGCCUGCGGGAACGUGCUGGUGGCCGAGGAGGGGCCGCGCUGCCACCGCUUCGCCUGCACCACCUGUCCCUACGUGCGCAAUGUCACGCGGAAGGUGACGAGCAGGAAGUACCCGCGGCUGAAGGAGGUGGACGAUGUGCUGGGCGGCGCCGCGGCCUGGGAGAACGUGGACUCCACGGCAGAGCCGUGCCCCAAGUGCGAGCACCCCCGCGCCUACUUCAUGCAGAUCCAGACGCGCUCGGCCGACGAGCCCAUGACCACGUUCUACAAGUGCUGCAACCCGCAGUGCGGGCACCGCUGGCGGGACUGAGGAGCGGCCCUGCAGCGAGCGGCUGCUGCCCGGUGCUCUGGGGCUGGCUGGGGUGGGAGCUGGCUGGGCCCCGGGAGGGCGGGGUGCCCCUGAUGCACACAGGUAAUAAAGUCGUGCCCUGCACACCGAGAAAGUCUGUUCAAUCCAGACAGGCCUGAAGGUAACCGAGCUGGAGGAUGGUGAGAAACCCCCAGCACUGAGGCACAGAAGGCAAAGCAGAGGUGAAGUGUUACCACUGUGGCCUUACAGAGAGCCAAAAAUAAAAAAGGGGCCUCUGCUGUGACCUGUGAAAACCUGGCAAUUAAAGUAGGAACUACAAACGAUACACUGCUACCAGUUACUGAUAAAAUUACUUCAAGUAGGAUCACAUAUUACUUGUGUUUUAACAUCAGGCUUUAUUCUCAGUUUAAAUACAUUCAGAAGUAAAAAGGAUAAAUAACUUAAUAAAAACAUGACCACUCUCUUCCACAA